UUCGAGCAUGUAAGCAUGCUGGUGAUUCUGCUGAACUGUGUGACUCUGGGCAUGUAUCAGCCAUGUGAGGACCUCAAGUGCCAGUCUGAGUGGUGUAUCGUCCUGCAGGCGUUUGAUGACUGCAUCUUCGCCUUCUUCGCUGUGGAGAUGGUCAUCAAAAUGAUCGCCCUAGGGAUUUUUGGAAUAAAUGGUUAUCUUGGCGACACGUGGAACCGCCUGGACUUCUUCAUUGUCAUGGCAGGGAUGAUGGAGUAUUCACUGGACGGUCAUAACGCCAGCCUGUCAGCCAUCCGGACUGUGCGAGUGCUCAGGCCCCUGCGAGCCAUCAACAGAGUGCCCAGUAUGAGGAUACUGGUCACUCUGCUUCUAGAUACUCUGCCUAUGUUAGGCAACGUUCUCCUGCUGUGCUUUUUUGUCUUCUUUAUAUUCGGAAUUGUCGGGGUGCAGCUGUGGGCUGGACUUCUUAGGAAUCGGUGUUUCAUGCCAAGCAAAGUGAGAGACCAAUAUAAUCUGUCGUAUAUGAGUCUGUACUAUGAGAAGGAAGAUGGUGAAGACGACCCCUUCAUCUGCUCCUCCAGUAAGGACAACGGCAUGCUGCGCUGCAGUGCUGUGCCACCCCUUAAAGAUGGUGUUGUGUGCACCUUAAAUGCAUCUUUUCUGGGACAUCUCUACUCUGGCCUGAACGGGACAGGCAACAACAGCUGUGUGAACUGGAACCAGUAUUACAGUGAAUGCAGGCCCGGAGACUUAAACCCGCACAAAGGCGCUGUAAACUUUGAUAAUAUUGGAUAUGCCUGGAUUGCUAUAUUCCAGGUUAUUACAUUGGAAGGAUGGGUGGACAUCAUGUAUUACGUAAUGGAUGCCCACUCCUUUUACAAUUUUAUAUAUUUUAUAUUGCUUAUUAUAGUGGGUUCCUUCUUCAUGAUCAACCUGUGCCUGGUUGUAAUAGCAACCCAGUUCUCAGAAACGAAGCAGCGCGAGAACAUGCUGAUGAAGGAGCAGCGUGCACGAUACCGCUCCAACGACAGCACCCUCGCAAGCUACUCUGAGCCGGGCAGCUGCUACGAGGAGAUGCUCAAGUACGUGAGCCACCUGUACCGCAAGGUGAAACGCCGCCUCUCCCGCAUCUACAACAGCUGGCAGAGCAAGCGGCGAAAGAAAGUGAACCCCAACAGCGGGGCAGGCGGAGGUGCCAAUGGUCACAGUAGGCACAGGGGUUGCGGACACUGGGUGCAGUCCAUCCACAGCCUCAUCCAGCAGCACCAGCGACAGCACUGUCACCUCAGCAAUGGCAGCCCCAGUCCUGUGGCCACUACAGGCUCCAGCGAGGCUCUGGAAAUGAGGUCCAUCACAGCGGGUCAGCAGCUGACCGUGUCCUCUCAGCCAACCGUCAUGCACAAUCUUUCUUCCAGCACUCAGUCAGUGCACAGCAUUUAUCAAGGUGACUUUCGUGAGGCCCCGCAGGAGCGAACACCCACUAAUGUUGGUGUUCCGGCACUCAACCGACUCAACGGGGGGAUGAACUAUCCCACAAUUUUGCCGUCCCUCAUUUGCAACUAUACAGGUGGAGGUUCACAAGGGAAAGAGAGAGGGAAGUCGGAUGUAAAUACAGGACACGAGGCGAUACAGGACUUCGACAAGCUGCACCAGCAAAUUGAAGCACAUAGCCACAGUCGUGUGCUGCUGCAGAUGGCUGGUGUGGUGCCCACUCAAUUACUUCUUGAGGUCAUGAGCUGCCCGUAUUGCGUAAGGGCCCUUGAGAGCAUGGAUCUGGAGAUUGGUGAUUCAGACUACCCUCGAUCAGAAGGGGACGUGGUGUAUGAGUUCUCCUAUGAUUCCGGGUUCAUAACCAGCCGUUCAGCACAUCAUAAAAUGCAGGAGAAACAAAACCGUCUGGUUCAAUUCUGGGAGGACUUCCGGGACCGACUGAUACGUAUAGUGGAUAGCAAAUACUUUAACCGUGGAAUUAUGAUCGCCAUUCUCAUCAACACCUUGAGUAUGGGGAUUGAAUACCAUGAGCAGCCUGAUGAGCUGACCAACAUCCUGGAGAUCAGCAACAUCGUCUUCACUAGCAUGUUUGUCCUCGAAAUGCUCUUCAAACUGCUGGCCUUUGGCCUCUUUGGCUAUAUAAGGAACCCCUAUAACAUCUUUGAUGGGGUUAUUGUUGUCAUAAGUGUAUGGGAGAUCAUCGGUCAUGCGGAUGGUGGUCUCUCGGUGCUCAGGACUUUUCGUCUCCUGAGGGUGCUCAAACUGGUGCGCUUCCUCCCUGCCCUGCGCAGACAGCUGCUAGUCCUGAUGAAGACCAUGGACAACGUGGCAACAUUUUGCAUGCUACUCAUGCUCUUCAUCUUCACAUUCAGCAUACUUGGAAUGCAUCUGUUCGGAUGCAAAUUCAGCCUGAAGAUGGAGAAUGGAGACACUAUUCCGGACAGGAAAAACUUUGAUUCCCUGCUGUGGGCCAUAGUCACUGUGUUUCAGAUUCUGACCCAGGAAGACUGGAACGUGGUCCUCUAUAAUGGAAUGGCUUCCACCAGCCCAUGGGCGGCUCUUUAUUUUGUUGCCCUCAUGACGUUUGGGAAUUAUGUGCUCUUUAAUCUACUGGUGGCCAUUUUAGUGGAAGGGUUUCAGGCAGAGGGAGAUGCUAACAAGUCAGACGGGGAUGAGGAAAAGACAUCAGUGAACUCUGAAGAGAAAAUGGAGCAACUGCAAAGUUCAGACUUGAAGUUCUACUCUCUGAUGUUAUCAGCCAAUGGGCAUGUGGAUCCUCGUGGCACUUUGCCUCCACCAAUCAUCAUGCGCACUGCUGCCACACCCAUGCCCACUCCAAAGAGCUCUCUGGGGCCAGAGUCUGUGUUUGACUUGACCGAGUCCAGACGGGGCAGUGCUGUCUCCAUAGAUCCAAAUGCUUUUGAUCAGAAGUCCCUGUCCAGCCCAAGAAGAUCACCAUGCCACCCCCGUGGCUCGGGUAGUAACUGGGGAAGCCGCAGGUCCUCCUGGAACAGCUUAGGACGGGCGCCAAGUUUGAAAAGGAAGGACACAUCUGGGGAGCGUGAGUCUCUGCUGUCCGGGGAGGGCAGGGGCAGCUUUGAGGAUGACGACAUAGAGGCCGAGAAGCUGACUAACAUCAGCGGAGGCUCCCUGCAGCACCCCAGCUCUCUGGACAUCCCAGAAAUGCCUCAAAUGGGGGAAUACCUCGACUGCAAUGGACGAAGCCAACACAUACUCGCUGACCUGUCUGCCAGUCUCAACAAAGAGGACUCCAUCGCUGAGGAGGACAUGGAUGAUAGCUUCUGUUUCCGUCUCAGGAGGACCCUGGCAGCUUAUAAACCCAAGUGGUGCAAAGAUCAUGAGGAGUGGUCACUUUACCUGUUCUCUCCUCAGAACAAGUUUCGGAUGAUGUGUCAAAUACUCAUUUCUCACAAGAUGUUCGAUUAUGUAGUUUUAGUAUUCAUCUUCCUAAACUGCAUCACUAUUGCUCUGGAAAGACCCAAUAUUCAGCAAUCUGAGCGAGCAUUUCUCAGCAUCUCAAACUAUGUUUUCACUGUGAUAUUUGUUGCUGAAAUGACAGUAAAGGUGGUGGCCCGUGGUUUCUACUCCGGGAACCACAGUUAUCUAAAGAGCACAUGGAAUGUUUUGGAUGGGGUGCUGGUCUUUGUGUCCCUCAUUGACAUUCUGGUCUCUCUGGCCUCCAAUGCUGAAAACCGAAUCUUUGGCAUCCUGAGGGUUCUUCGCCUGCUGCGAACUCUGCGGCCACUGAGAGUAAUUAGUCGUGCUCCUGGUCUGAAGCUGGUAGUAGAAACGUUGAUAACGUCCCUGAGGCCCAUCGGGAACAUUGUGCUGAUCUGCUGUGCUUUCUUUAUUGUUUUCGGCAUUCUUGGAGUUCAGCUCUUCAAAGGAAAGUUUUUCCACUGUGAAGGCGGCGAUACCAGAAACAUCACCAAUAAGUCUGACUGUCUUCAGGCAAACCUCAAAUGGAUUAGAAGAAAGUACAAUUUUGACAACUUGGGACAGGCUCUCAUGUCUCUUUUCGUGCUUUCCUGUAAAGAUGGAUGGGUCAAUAUAAUGUAUGAUGGGUUGGAUGCUGUCGGCGUGGACCAGCAGCCUGAGCGCAACCACAACCCCUGGAUGCUGUUAUAUUUUAUCUCCUUUCUGCUAAUCGUCAGCUUCUUCGUACUAAACAUGUUUGUCGGAGUUGUGGUGGAAAACUUCCACAAGUGUCGUCAAGACCAGGAGGAAGUGGAGGCGCGUCUGCUCGAGCAGAAGAAGCAAAAACUGAUGGCGAAAAAGCGCAGGAGUAAGGAGAAUUGCGGGUCUGAGGCCCUCCGGAGACCAUAUUAUGCGGAUUAUUCUCCAGCCCGGCUUUACAUCCACACACUGUGCACCAACCACUAUCUGGACCUAUUUAUCACCGGCAUCAUCUGCGUCAACGUAGUUACCAUGUCCAUCGAGCAUUUCAAUCAGCCUACUUAUCUUGAUGAGGCACUUAAAUACUGUAACUAUGUAUUUACAAUCAUCUUUAUAAUUGAGGCUCUGCUUAAACUCGUGGCUUUUGGAAUACGGAGAUUCUUCAAAGACAGAUGGAACCAGCUGGAUCUCGCAAUAGUCCUUCUCUCUAUCAUGGGCAUCACUCUGGAGGAGAUUAAGAUGAAUGCAGCGCUGCCGAUCAACCCCACCAUCAUCCGUAUUAUGAGAGUGCUAAGAAUCGCAAGAGUGCUGAAGCUGUUAAAGAUGGCUACAGGCAUGAGAUCCCUACUAGACACUGUAAUGCAAGCUUUACCACAGGUGGGAAAUCUGGGCUUGCUGUUUAUGCUUCUCUUCUUCAUUUAUGCGGCACUUGGCGUGGAGCUUUUUGGGAAACUAGAAUGCUCAGAGAACAAUCCGUGUGAAGGAUUAAGUCCACAUGCCACGUUUGAGAACUUUGGAAUGGCAUUUUUGACACUUUUCCGAGUAUCAACUGGAGACAAUUGGAAUGGGAUAAUGAAGGACACUCUGCGAGAGUGCCUUCCUACAGAGAUGCAAUGCCUCAGCUAUCUGCCCUGGGUCUCUCCAAUCUAUUUUGUCACCUUUGUUCUAAUGGCUCAGUUUGUGCUGGUUAACGUGGUCGUAGCCGUGUUGAUGAAACAUCUGGAGGAGAGCAAUAAAGAAGCUAAAGAGGAUGCAGCAAUGGAUGCGGCGAUCGAGUUGGAAAUUUUGGAAAAUACUCGCUGUCUCAGUACCAUCACAGUCGGUAGCGCUGCGGGACCAGAAGGCAGGGCGACUUAUAUCGGGCCACACCCAGAUUCACCUGAGCAGGAUGAGGGGAUGCAAAGAACACAGGGGAAUUUGCUCUCUCCGCGGAAAAUGUCAGUGUCAAGGAUGCACUCUUUACCCAAUGACAGCUACAUGUUUCGCCCUGUGAGGCCAGCCAGUGCUCCGUAUCCACUAGAAGAAGUGGAGACCUGUCAAGCUUAUCUUGAAUUAGGCUCCAUCACCUCAGUUCACUCCCAGCCAUGCGAAAGUCUUUCCCUGCUCCAGGUCCCUGGUGUUUCUCCCCAUUCCCAGUUCAACUGCCUCCCCAAGAUCCCUCCUCCCAUGCCCUCUCCAACCCACAGCAUAGACAGGAUUUUACGCAGACAGAGGGCAAUUAAAAAUGACUCCAUCGACAUGCAUAGUUUCGACUCCAAAGAAAAUCUGGAAAGACAGAAAGGGAUAACCACAGGCAGCUUCAAGCUGCAUGUUCCUCGAAUCACCGGCCCCGGCGUCUCUCAGGGGUCUCCCUUGCUGCCCCCACGUGGACCCAGUGUCCGCACCUUCCAGCAGCCGCACAGCCAGCACAAUAUCCCUUCUCGACCUCCUAGUCUGGCCAGCAGCAGCAGAAGCACCAGCCCCAGUGGCUCAAUGUUGGACUCCACUGACCCUACCGAUGAGGAGGUGCGCCACAUCAACAGCACAGCCCGCCUGUGGAUCGGGGUUCAUGCAGAAGCACGGAGUCACUCCCUGUCUCCUUAUAGCACCUCAGGGACGCUGCUUCCCAUCCCCGUGAAGAACUGCAGCAGUGCUGCCAACUUAACCAUCAAAGACCCCAAGAAGUGCUUCAGUGUGGACACUGAGGGUUUUCUGGAAAGACCCUUCGCAUCUGAUGACCAUCGCAGGCACUCGAUUGAGAUUUGCUCCUCAGGAGACGAUGGACUGUUUGGUCAAGAACUCUGUGAAAAGAGGCACGUUCCAACGCGUGGAAAGUCUUUGCACAUUCCCCGGAAAACAAAGAUGAGCCCUCCCUGCAUCUCCAUCGAGCCCCCAUUCGAAAAGGAUGUUCCCACCUCUCAUGCGUCCUUGAAAAAGUUGUCGGAUAGCAUGUUACUGCGGAGGAGGACACCAUCCUAUGACCUCGCCCUGCAGCGGGACUCUCUGGACUUGCCGGAGAACCAGCUGUCAACCCAGCCGCUCAUCAAAGUAGAGCGACACCCCUCUCACUGUGCCGAGUAUCUGUCCCUCCCACACCCUGCCCCAAUGAGCGGCCUGGCAGGCAUUCUGUGUGAAAGCACGCAGCCGCCCCCCUUUGAUAGCAGAUAUGAAGAAUCCACAGACUUCGGCUCUGUAAACAGGACAGCUCAAUGAGGGACGCUGGCUGACACUAGCCAGAUUUUACCAUCCGCACUCAAGGGUGCAGCAACUAGUUGAGCAAGGGAUGCCGACCUCUUUCUGUAGCCAAAGUUUUCUUUGUUUCUUCUUCAAAUGUAAUAUCAUCCUAAAAGCCAGCCAGGAAUGGCAACCGAUCCUAGUGCGGAACAGCAUUUGAUCUGACUGUGAUUGGGCAAGGUGUUGAACAUGGGAUAUGCAAUUUCAGGUUUCCAAAUGGAACUCUGGUUCUUAUUUUAGUCCCAGUGCUCAAUCACAUUGAUUUGAGUUCAGGAUGUGUAGUGUUACGUAAUAUCUGUAUCAUAUUUGUCAGUCUUUCCUCUCUUUGUCAUGAGCCUAGCUGAUGUUUUCUGUAAAGACAGAGUAUAAAGAUUAAAAAAAGAAGAAAAAACUAAUAAGAACUGUACAUGUUAUGUACUUAAUUGACUCAUGAGGUGUAAAUAGAGAACAUAUUGUAUUAGUGAAGAAACAAGCUCUAUUCAUAUGCACAUAUUUUUUAUAGAGAUCUCUAAUGUUUUUGCACAUAUCAAUUUGAAUUGUCCUCUGUUGUCUUCUUGUGAAUGUACAUUUUUUUAAAUCAAAUAGCUGUGGGAUCAAUUCUAGUCUGUUUAGGCCUACUGAUAUUGAGAUGAUUUUUAUUUUUCUAUUGGGAGGACUGGGUGUGUCGUGUUAUAUAGAUCCAACGAGAACCAAACUACAAAUAAUCUGUAGCCUGAGUGCAAUACGCUAUAAAUGUUUCUGUAAGUUUUCCCAGUUAGGUUACUCACUUUUUACACAACAAAAUAGCCAGUGACGUGCAUCUCACAUAUACGCAACCCUUUACCAUACUCAGGUUCAUCUCAAAAUGUAAAUUACGAUUUUCGCUACAUUAUAACCCAAUUUAACCGAUGCGAACCUAAUUGAACAUGUUGUGGCUCUUGGCUGUGGCACAAGUUGCAUGUGAAGGACAGAGUAAUUCAAAUGUAAAUGUGACCUUGUUCUGUUUCGUCUGGUGUUCAGACUUUAUAGCCGUCAAAGCAGAAUUUGACAGAGUUUAUAUGAGCAAACGUCUGAUCUAUUUUUUUGAUCUGCUCUGCUUUGAAAUAGCACCACUGGGCUUGUGCCCUUGCGAAACAGAGGAAACUGUUUAAUGAAAGGAACUCAAAGGUAGGUUUAGAUUUUUCUGAAAGUGACGAGUGUGAUUUAUGUAUAGUUAAACUAAGCCAUGAGGUUUUUUGUCAAAUCACAGGUAAACACCUGCAAAUUUAUUGAUAUUACCCAGCAGGCACACAAUAUCAAAAGACGUUAAUAUUAGAUUAGAUUUAGGUGACCAAAAUUCAAUGUCUAGACAGUGUCUAAGUUAUUUUGACAUCAAAUAACGACGUCAAAUAACGUUGAUAUUUGCUUGAUUUUAGAUUGUGUUGGAAAGUGACCAAAAUCCAACAUCUAAUAGAUGUCAUGGUGGUAACGUCCACACAACGUCAAUGUGUUACAUGAUUAAACCUUGACAUUUGGUUGAUUUUAGGUUGUGUUGGAAAGUGACCAAAAUCCAACAUCUGAUAGAUGUCACAGGGGUAACGUCCACACAACGUCAAGGUGUAACAUGAUUAGACAUUGAUAUUUGGUUGAUUUUAGGUUGUGUUGGAAAGUGACAAAAAUCCAAUGUCUGAUAGAUGUCAUAGUGGUAUGGUCCACACAACGUCAAGAUGUAACAUGAUUAGACGUUGAUAUUUGGUUGAUUUUAGGUUGUUUUGCAAAGUGACCAAAAUCCAACGUCUAAUAGAUGUCAUAGUGGUAACGUCAACACAACGUCAAGAUGUAACAUGAUUAGACGUUGAUAUUUGGUUGAUUUUAGGUUGUGUUGGAAAGUGACCAAAAUUUUACGUCUGAUAGAUGUCAUAGUGGUAACAUCCACACAACGUCAAGGUUUGAUUAGACGUUGAUAUUUGGUUGAUUUUAGGUUAGACAUUGGACACUGAUUGGACCCGAUUUUCAUUUCCAUACAAAAUCCAACAUCCCCACAACGUUAAGGUACGUUGGGGCACAACAUCAAUAAGACGUCAUGUUGACAUCCUGUGCCUGCAGGAACACACACACACACACAAAGCUACAUAUCAUAAAAGUAUCACCUGAAAUCUCAAAUUGUUAACACUGCUUUUGUGCUGUGUGAAUUUACUACUUUCCUCCACCUCUGAAUUUCCUCAAAGGAUGGAGAUGGAAAAUCAGUUGCAUGUUACAGAUGGGGAGGUCUAGAAACACAAACAUCUGGAUGUUUUUUGAAGGUUUUGAUAUUUCGAUUUUCAGAUAUUUUCCAUUUGUAGACUUAUCUAAUUGCACUGAGAUGUAAUUACAAGGUAUUCCUCUUUGUAGAACCAACUUCUUGUUGUUCAAUGCAUUUUAUGAUAGUUUUUGUUGACACAAGUGCAGGAGAUUAGUAAGCAAACAUGGACGAUCACCGCUGUGUGCUCUAACAACAUAAUCUGACAUCAAUUUAAUAUUGGACUUUGAGAUUAACGUGUGCAGUGUUUCAUGUAUCUUACGGUACUAGAUACACAUUUUUUUGCGAAAGGAUUGUUGAGAGUUUUUUUUUAUUGCUAUUGAAUAAAUUGUAGAUCUGUAUGGAUGGAGUAUUAUAUGAAUGCUUAAAGUGUUUCAAUCACUUUGAGCAUGUGGACAUUCUUAGCUGUUUUUUUUUAUUAUUAAAUUAUGAGCUUUUGCCAUCAAGCAGCCUAAUGUCCUCAACCCUUCAAUAAAUAAUCAAAACAUUUUCCUCAAGCUUUUAUCACAGUGGUGUUAUUCUCUUCUUUUUUUCCAACGUAGACUUCUUUAUUUAUCACAAACUGUUCGCAAUAAGCUCGUUUUGUUUGUUGAUUUUGUUUUGAUCUGAAAAGCAGAAGUGUUUGGAAAGCUAUACAAUUGUAUUUCUACAUUGUAUUACCUUUUAUUGUGUACUGACCACAACUAAUCUGAGGGAUAUUCUCUGCCGUC